UAAAGUUAAUAUUCAACUUAGUUGUGUUGCCUCAGAAGGUAACAAUUGAAACCUAUUCAUAAAAUUGCACGCCAUCUAUAGUAAACAGAAGACGUAUACAAUUUGUAUGUGGCAAACGCGCCAUGUCAUUUCUAUUUAGAAAUUUAUGGAUUUUCCUAAAUAUAUUUCUUUUCGGACACAUUUCAAACAUAAAGAAAACGCCACUUAGUGGCCUCGGUGAUUGAAACAAUUUUAUUGUCUCAUCACGUGAAUGUGAGAUAUGCAUCCGUUGUCGGGAGGUUUCGGUGAACAAAUAGAGGAUUACGAAGUAUUGAACUUGCUUGGUAAAGGCGGAUUCGCUAGUGUGUACCGAGGAAAAUGUCUCCGAAGUGGUAUAGAAGUUGCAAUAAAAAUGAUCGACAAAAAAUUGAUGCAAGCUGCUGGGAUGGUGGAUAGGGUAUAUCAAGAGGUUGCGAUCCAUUCGAGAUUGAAACAUCCAGCUGUACUUGAAGUAUAUACAUUCUUUGAGGAUGCCAAUUAUGUUUAUUUAAUAUUAGAGUUAUGUCACAAUGGAGAACUUCAACGAUACCUUAAGAUGCAAAACUCCUGUGCAUUACCUGAAGAGCAUGCUGGCCGUAUAAUAAGACAAGUAGUACAAGGAUUAUUAUAUCUGCAUUCAUAUCAAAUACUUCACAGAGAUAUGUCUUUAUCUAAUUUACUUUUGAGUAGAGAUAUGCAAGUGAAAAUAGCAGAUUUUGGGUUGGCUACUCAACUGACAAGACCAGAUGAAAAACAUUUAACUAUGUGUGGUACUCCUAAUUACAUAUCACCUGAGAUAGCAACAAGGUCAUCACAUGGUCUAGAAGCAGAUGUUUGGAGCUUAGGAUGCAUGUUAUAUACUCUUUUAGUUGGUAAACCACCAUUUGAUACAGAUGCUGUCAAGAGUACCUUGACACGUGUAGUCAUGGCUGACUAUGUAAUGCCAUCACAUUUGUCAGAUAAUGCCAAGGACCUCAUAGACAAAUUAUUAAAAAAAAAUCCAAAAGAUAGAAUUCGUUUACGUGAUAUUCCAAAACAUCCAUUCAUAACUAGUUUGGACAGAAAUAAAUUGCAUUGCGAAAAAAAUGGUAUGCAUAGAGCAUUGUCAGGGGAAGGUAUGAUUGAUUCUGGUUUGGGAAGAACAUUGUCUUCAUAUGGACGACCAAGAAUGCGUUCUAAAUCAGAAGAAAGAACGUCCACAAUGCCAAUCUUAUCCAAUGGUUUGGGACCCAUGUUUAGCGCAAGAAGCGAAGCUAUGUCUGAGCCCAUUGCAAAAACGCAUUCACAUAAAACAAGUGGCAUUAAUUAUCAUCGAAAACAGAAUUUUGUGUUAGCUGGAAUACCGCCUCCCCCACAAAGUAGAAUAUUCUCUCAAAAUGAGCAUUACAGUGGUUGCGAUGCAUACGAAGAUGUUGAUAGAUACAAAAAUGAUAAAUACAAAAAAAAGGAGAAGCCAGAAAGUUGUUUUGAAGGUUCUGAACAUGGCGAAAAAUUACAAGUUCCUCCUUUGUCUUCUGAAAGACUGCAGCCUACUAGACACAGAACAAAGAAUGCAAUUCUUACCAUUUUGGAUCAUGGUGAAGUUUGUAUUGAAUUUAUCAAGCGAAGAAAUGGAGUGGAGAAAGUAGGUGAAGUCUGCAGAAUAUCAAGUGAUGGAUUGAGAGUUGUUCUUUAUAAACCAACUAUCUCCGUGGAAGUAGGGUCGCAACCACCUGCAUUACCAGCCCGUGGUGCAGACAGCAUUUAUUCUUAUGAAAAUCUACCCGCACGUCACCACAGAAAAUACGUUUAUGCUUCUCGCUUUAUAAAGCUUGUAAGAGCAAAGACACCGAAGCUUACAUUAUAUACGAACCGAUCGAAAUGUCUUUUUAUGGAAAAUGGGCCUCAUCCAGAUUGCGAAGUUCAUUUUUAUAAUGGAGUGAAGGUGGUACGUGUGGAUGGUAUAGUGAAAAUAAUAGAGAAAAGUGAUGGACCUACCUUUACAGAAGGUGAAUUUCCACCACACCUAGACGAAUAUUAUGAGCAUUACUCGGAAUGCUACCAGCGUUGUCUGUUGUUAGAGUCUACUUUAACAUCCUUAGAAACAGCUACUGGACAUUCUUGCUUUCCUGUUAUAAUUGGACGUAGGCCUAGCGCGGCCUUAAAUGAUGUUCCUUGCUUACAAGGAAAAGAAAAUGUUUCUCAAGCAACAAUACAAAAUAAUACACCUGUGAUGCCAUCCUUUGAUGCUAGUUGCUCAGUCAUUUCUACGAUAGCGUCUCAUACACGUAAAUUGAAUUCCAUAAAAAAUUCCAAUACUAGUAGUAUGAAGAUAAUUGUUCCGGGAGUAGGAACCGCGACACAACUAUCCUCCGGAGAUAUUCGUGUCAAUUAUAAAGAUGGUUCAACUUUAACUGUAAGUCCUCAAAGCUAUGGUGGUGGUAUAAUUUACGAGAGUAAUAACGGGACUGUUACGCGAUACAAUCAACGCUAUCAAAACUCCGAAGUUCCUCACAUCGUGAAAGAUAAAUUGCGCCACAUACCAACAGUUAUUAAAUAUCUUGUUCAACCGAUGCACAAGAAUAUCCGGUAGAACAAGACAUAUAUUUAGAGAAUCAAUUAUUUUGUAUAGUAGUUUUAAAGUAGUAUAACUACAGUCCGAAGAUAAAUAUUUUUAUAGAUUUGUAAAAUGUAUUGUAUCCCUCUAGGUAUUAUAAUGUCAAGCGAUUUUUUAAAUAUAAAACCAAUACGAUUUUCA